ACUUUUAAAAAUCCACACGUGAAAAUAUUUCGAAAAAUUGGAUCAGCUGAUAACACCAAAGUUGCCAAGAUGACUUGCGUUCCAUGUGUGACAUGGGUCAAAAGAGGUGUUGCUAAGGAAAGACCAGACAAAGUCCAGCUGAAUCCAGAAGAGCUCGCUGAACUCAUUAAAGAAAGUAAAGAAGAAAUAGGUGACCUUGAUGGGGAUGAUGAGAACAUGGACACGGUAGAUCUCGACCCAAGAGAAAUUAAAUCUUCCAAGAAACACAAAAUUAAGAAAGAAAAGAAAGCCAAGCCAGAUGAAGAUGAUGACGAUGAUGAUGCAAUUAAUGACGAAGAGGAUGAUGACAUUGUGAAAGCAUAUGGCCUUGAUGACUACGAUGAUGAAGAUGCUGAUGAUGGAGAUCCUUUAAGUAUAGGGGGUCUUACAUUUUACGCUAGUAAUGCACAAGACCCCUACAUCACACUAAAAGAAGACAGUGAUGAUGAAGAGGAAGCAUCGAUUAUUAAACCAACUGACAAUUUAGUUGUUGUUGCCAAAGCUCAAAAUGAAUUCUGUAAUUUACAAGUAUUUGUAUAUAAUGAGAAUGAGGGAGACUUAUAUGGUCAUCACGACAUCUAUUUACCUGCCUAUCCCCUGGCUAUAGAGUGUAUGAACUUUGACCCUGGGACAGAUAAACCAGGUAACCUAGUAGCUGUAGGAUCCAUGGAACCAACUAUAGACAUCUGGGACAUGGACAUUAUGGAGAGCAUAGAGCCUGCACUGACACUUGGUACUAAACAGUCAAAGAAAAAGAAGAAAUCAAAAAAGAAAGGAGCUCUGGGUGGUCACACAGAUGCAGUUUUAGAUCUAUCAUGGAAUCAUCACGCAAGGAAUGUUCUUGCGAGUGCCAGUGCAGAUUACACUGUUGCAUUAUGGGAUAUGUCACAGGGAACUGCUGUCACAACUUUACGGCAGCACAAAGAAAAGGUACAGACCAUACAAUGGCAUCCCUAUGAACCACAGUCACUUUUAUCUGGUGGAUUUGACAAGAGUGUUAUUGUAUAUGACUGUCGCAGUCCUGAGGAGACACAUAGAAAUUGGAAGCUAGGUGGAGAGAUAGAGAGAGUUGUCUGGGAUCAUUUCAACCCAACUUACUUUCUUGCAAGUACAGACCAAGGGUAUGUGUACUAUGUAGACUCUAGAACCGACAAACCUGUGUUCACAUUGAAUGCCCACUCUGGUGCUGUGACUGCACUAAGCCUCAGUAGCCAAGUUAGAGGAUGCCUAGUGACAGGGUCUGAAGAUAAAGCUGUGAAAGUUUGGGACAUCGCUGACUCAAAACCUUCAUGUGUCACAGAGAAAAACAUGAAAAUAGGCCCUAUCCAAUGUGCCAGUUGCUGUCCAGAGUCUGGUUUUAUAUUCGCUGUUAGUGGAGAGAAGGAGUUCAGAGUGUGGGACAUCAGAGAUAACACAGAUGUGCGAGGUCAGUUUGAAGGCAGAUCAGCAUCUGCAAGUGAAGUGUCUUCAGCACCUAAUCUUGAAAUGGACACUGUGGACGCACUAGAUGACCUCUGUAUUGACACUGAGGAAAAAGACACUGAUGGUAAAGACGCUAUAAAAACAGAAACUGAAAAUGUUGUAUCAUUUUCUGCAAAAUCUACAGACUCUACAGCUAGUUCUACUGCUAGUAAAACAAAGAAAAAGAGGAAAAAGAAGAAGAAAUGAAUAAUAUCUUGAGAUUUUAUAAAGCCAGUUCAGAUGUUUUGAAUAUAUUGUCAAUUUAUAUAUAAUACAUGCUGUCAUGUAUGUGAUGGAAUAAAACUUUAUUUGAAAAUUAAAAAGAAAUGAUUUUUGGUCAUACCAAUUGAUCGAUCCCUU